GCUUAACAGUCAACUCUAUUAUAAAUUUACUGAGUAUAAGAAAAACGCGUAAAAUGAUAGAAAUUUACCACAAAGCAAAGUAAUCGAAAAGUUGUUGGAACUGAACUUAUAAUGUAUACGUACAUAUUUGCUUAUUUAAAUUUCUCUAGUUACACAAAUAUAAGCAAUGUCUGUUUUUUUUUUCUUUCCGUUAACAACAUUCUUGAACUUGUGUAAUGAUAUCACAAACAUUAAAUCAUCAAAAUCAUCAGAGUAAUUUUCAGUUGUCAUCAAUGAGAUGACUCACACGGUCACACGGUGCUGCACCACUGUCUCCAAAUAUGCUGUCUGAAAUCUAGCAAAAGGACCCCAAAGACUCACACUAAAGGAAACUAGUGGGCUCAAGCCCGCGUAUGCACACGCUCUCUUACACACGUCUUGAGACGUCGACCUUCACGCGCGCUUCAGCACGUGGAAACUCAUGGUCCUUCCUAUGGGUUUUGUCCUAAACCACCCUUCGGUCCGACCAAACCGAGUAAGGUAAGAAAGACUCCGACCGAACACGCUUCUUCUCCCACAAUAGUGUCAAGUGAUUGUGAUCAGAAACAGAUAUUUCGCUAAAGAUUAGCCCAAUUUAGGAAAGAUGAUGAUGAAGUUAGCCAAGAGAGAGAUAACAAAAACAUGUGGCUGUGUAUGUAAAAGACCGAGUCACCCGAACAUCUCCACCUUCACGCCAUUCUCCUACCACUCGGACCUAACCAACCAAUACCCUCCACGUCAUGUACAAUCCGAGUUCCCGUGAGAUAGGGAUCUUUACUUGAAGCAACCAGACAUGACCGCAGAGUCACACACACACACACCCCUAAGCUUUUUGUCGUCCCCUCGUAUGGAAUCCAUUGUGGGGCGACACAAAAAUAUCUUCUUUUGCUUUUCUGCUUUCUUCUUCUUCUUCUUCUUAAAAUUUGUUUCUUUCAGGUGGAUUCUAUCUCCAUCUACAUAAAACAAAAACAAAGUUAUAAUCUCUUUUGGAUUUUGGUAUUGAUCUAAAGUGAGAUUUCGAUCUUGACACUAGGUUUUGGAAGGGAAAAGAUGGGAGGAAUGAAAGAUGAAGCAAAGAGGAUAACAAUUCCUCCAUUGUUCCCAAGGGUUCAUGUGAAUGAUACUGGAAGAGGAGGCUUGUCUCAACCAUUUGAUGGCAAAACAAUGUCUCUCAUCUCUUGUAAACGUCCCAAUCUUCCUUCUCCGACCAAUAUCUCUGAUUCUCUUUCCACUUUUUCUUUGUCAAUUCCUCCACCACCAAACAAUGCCCGUCUUAUUGAUGGACCUGAAAAGAAUCAGCUUUCACCAAUCUGCAACACAAAGUUUGAGGGGAAGAUGAAUAAAAAAGGCAUGAAUUAUCCAAGUCCUAGAGGAUCAUCAGUUACUAAUACUAAACCUAGUUCAAUAAAACAAAAUGAGUACCUCAAGAGCCUUACCAACCUGGAUUCUAUUAAGGUUCCUGAUGUUAGACGCUCAGAAACAGAUCCAAAAGCAAACACAGAUUUGUCACUCCAGUUUUGUACUAGCAGUAGCAGUAAAGCCGGAGGAGAAGUUAUUGGUUCUAAGAUCCUUUUGUCAGAAUGUUUGGAAGAUGAAAGCCAGAAUGGGUCUCCUAAGGUGAUGCAAACUCAAUUAUAUAGAAGAAACUUUGCUGAGUUUAGCAGUGAAACUCUAAAGAAGCCUAAAACUCUGCCUCGGCGUGAACAAGAUGCUUCAGACUGCUCUGCAAUAGACUCUAUGUCUGGUAUAAGUGCAUCUUCUUAUAAUGUUGCCAGAGUGAUAGGUGAAAGGAGGUUUUGGAAGAUGAGAACGUAUAUGAUCAAUCAGCAAAAGAUCUUUGCCGGGCAAGUAUUUGAGCUGCAUAGACUCAUAAUGGUUCAAAAGAUGAUUGCGAAAUCGCCAAACUUGCUUCUUGAAAGUAAGCUUAAUGGCGGCAAACAUGGGACAAUGAGGUCAUCCCAUCAGCUGACAAUGGCCGCUUCAAAGAUUAAAAAACCAAACAUUGAGAAUCACAAACCUGUACCUGAAGAAUAUCCAGAGCAUAUGAAACCAAAGCUUCCUCUACCUUCCAUAAGCAAAGAACUCGUGACCCCAAUUUGGCCACAACAGCUACUUCCUCCUCCUGGAAACCAAUGGUUAGUUCCUGUAAUAUCUCCUUCAGAAGGUCUGGUCUAUAAACCAUAUGCAGGACCAUGUCCUCCUCCUUCUUCAGCCUUCAUGGUUCCAGUUUAUGGCCAAGAUUCCAUUGAGACAGCAUUCAGGUUCCCUGUUUCUUCUCAAUUUAGCCACAGCUACUUCCCACCACCUAACGCGAGGACAACAGUUGACCAAACAAACCCGUUUGGCCAGUAUCAAAGAUGGUCUAACACAUCAAGCCACAUGACUCAAGCCAUACCAUUUUCCUUAAAGAAGUCUCAGGAAUCUAAUGACAGUGACAUACAUGGAAGCACAGCUUCAAGUCCACCAGAGAAGCAUAAAUUUGAAGUGCUUCCUCUGUUUCCUACAGAGCCUACCCAUCAAACUGAUGAGUACAAGGAGAAACAGCAACCGGUGCUUCGUGCCAUUAAAGCCGUUCCUCAUACUUCAACAUCUGCCUCUGAAUCUGCUGCAAGGAUCUUCCGUUCCAUUCAGGAAGAAAGGAGGGACUCAGAUCAUAUGAUUAGUUAGUUUUUUAUAUUUGAAAGCCUUCCACAUUCUUUUGCUCUCAUUGCUUCUUCAUCUAGUUUAGAUUUUCAGUAUAUUCUAUUUACUCUUCUUAUGAAGAUGUAAAUCAAAUACUGUCACUAUACAUCAAACAUACACAUACACAUAUACACAUUUUACAUUUUUAUUGUAUUGACAAACAGCUAAUAAAAAGAUAGACUUUUGUGGUUCUAUUAAUUUCUAUAGUAUUAUAGUUUUGAAAGGGUUUGACAAUGGAACAA